AUGUCGACUUCGUCCACGAUAUCGGACGUCUCACACAUGCCCUCGGGCUCGUUCGGGCACAGUCGACGGCCGCCGCGAGGCCAUACGCGGUCUGUUAACUGGUCGCAAACUCCUGCUUUUGCAUCGCCUGUGAUAAACGAGGGCGAGGUUCAGGAAGGCAAUCAUGCUCAUCAUCACGUCGAACACAAUGACGGGCAUGGACAUGACACGAACCACAAUAACACGGGCACCGACACCCAUACGCAUACGCAUUCCCAUUCGCAUGCGGACUCGCACUCGCACUCGCACUCACACUCACACUCACAUUCCCACGACCAUAACCACUCGCACUCGAUAGCUAGCAAUGGAUCAGCAAUCAAAGCAGAAGCUAUAGAUGAAGCCUACGUGCAAGGUAGCAAAGCUUCGGACGCAUACGCAAUUCCCUUCCAAGCCUCUGAGAAGGUGCCGUUGAGUUAUGAAAUCGUAACUGGUGUUCUUACAGCCGCCCCGUGGUCCUUAUUAUCAUGGUAUCUGAGGGCUUACACAACGCCGACCUCGCACAAAGUCUGGCGAAUGCUGAAAUCCGCUGCUGCCAAACAAAAGUUCUUGAAGACAUAUUCCCCAGAAACGGCAGUUGACACAGUAUGGUGGCGCACGCUAGUUCUUGUCUCGUUGACAAUGCUUUGCAUUGGAGGCAUAUCCAUACUUCGACGUCUACGUGCUGGUCAAGCUCUGCCAGCCAUGACGGGCUUUCAACUCAACACAGGCUUGGCAACAAAGGCCAUUCUACACGUCAUAUCGAUUGCGCUGCCUAUAUACUCUGGCAUGAUUAUUGGCGGCACAAUGGUUGCACUUGCGCUGGGCUUGACGUAUGCAGCUGGCGUGCCAGUGAUUUUCGACGCCAGCGGAAAAGCCAGCGGAAUACGAGAAAAGCUUGGAAAUAAAACGGCAUCCCUAUUUGUUUUGUCAUUAUUUGUUGUCUUGGAUGUUCUUGGCUACGACUUUCCAAUUGAUACCCAGCCAUUCCGUGGAUAUAUUUCUCUCGCCGUUUCAAUCUUCGUCCUCCGUCCGCCUUUUCCAGCACCAAGAGACUUCGUCCUCGCAACCCAGAAGCCAAAUAUUGAGUCGGCAUCUCAGCUUGGAAAUUUUCUUACGGCUCUCCUGGACCAGCAAACUGCGGCUUUGCUUCGCAGUCCAUUGGCCGCAUCGCCUGAAGAUGUGCAACUCACGUUGAUUUCUGGUGGAGUGAUGGCUCUUCUCUCAAUAAUAACCUCGCCUUUCAACGAUUCGCAGGUGCCAUUCGGGGUUUCAGACUUGAUUAAAGCGCUGACAAUUGCUAGUGUUUUUGCACUAACAUAUACGCUUUCUUCACCUUUCGGGCUACGUUCACGUCAGAAAGUAGGAUUUGCGGCAACAGCUCUUGUCGUCGUACUCACCAGUGCCGCGCCACACGAAGAAAGCAGUCGUCUUGCGCAUGUAUCUUGGUCCGUAUUGGCGGCAUUUUGCUAUUUCGCCGCUCUUUUCGACGAUCCCAAACCAGGUGAGCCAACACGGCUCAAAAAGGAAAAAUCAUUCAUCACAAAGUUUUUACUCGAACAUGGAGAGGAUUGGCCGAUCUUCCAUAGUAUUAUGUCGGAGGAGAAUUCUCGGAGGAUCUUCUACUUCAUGUGCCUGAAUUUCGGAUUCAUGCUUAUCCAACUCACGUACGGAUUCGUCACUGGCUCGCUGGGUCUGCUUAGCGACAGCAUCCACAUGUUCUUCGACUGCCUCGCUCUUGUCGUCGGUUUGUCCGCGGCAGUCAUGAGCAGAUGGCCUCCUAGCGAGCGCUUCCCAUAUGGCUAUGGCAAAGUCGAUACUCUCUCGGGCUUUGCCAACGGAGUAUUCCUGAUGAUCAUCAGCGUCGAGAUCGUCUACGAAGCCAUCGAGCGUCUAAUGUCGGGUAGUGAAAUGCGCCGUAUCCAGGAACUCCUGGUAGUUAGCAUCGCUGGUCUUGCCGUGAACCUGGUCGGAAUCAUGGCUUUUGACCACGCGCAUCAUGGCCACUCGCACGACCAUUCCCACGGGAACGAGAACAUGCACGGCAUUUUCCUGCACAUCAUGGCCGACACGCUCGGAUCCGUGGCUGUGGUCAUCUCCACGAUCCUGGUACAUUUCUACGGCUGGUCUGGCUUUGACCCCAUCGCAUCGUGUCUCAUCGCGAUCCUGAUUUUCGCCUCUGCCGUCCCGCUAGUGUCGAGCACGGCGUCUACGUUGCUGCUGACCUUGCCGGCGGAUGUGGAGUAUAAUCUCAGGGAUACCCUCGCGGGCAUUAAUACGCUGCGGGGCGUGGUGGGUUAUACCGUGCCCAAGUUCUGGCUGGACGAUACCACAUCUGCAUAUUCCUCGGGUCACGAUCAUGGCCAUGGCCAUGGACAUAGUCACGACCAUCACCAUUCCCACGACCACGACCACGACCACGCUCACACCCACACCCAUCACGACCACGACCACGACCACGACCACGACCAUGACCAUGACCAUGACCAUGACCACAACCACGACCACCACACCGAAACCAAAGUCCUCGGGAUGAUCCACAUCAUCGCCUCCCGCAGCGCGGACAUCGAUGACGUCCGCAAACGCACAGUCGAAUACCUGCAGCAGAAAAACAUGGACAUCGUCGUGCAAGUCGAGCGGGAGGGGGAAGGGAAAUGCUGGUGUGCGGGCGGAAAUGGGAAUAGGUCGCCAUAUAUAAGUUGA